AUGCCACCCCGCGUCUCGCUGCGCCGGAGCACAACGCCGCCGCGCUCGUCCUCCUCCUCCAACAACAGCAGCAACAAUAACGCCCCACUCCUGAGCGAAGCAGAGGCGUAUGAACUGCGCCCCCUGGCGCACUCUGUCCCGGCGCCGCUCCUCACCAAAAAUCAAGACGGAAACCAAGACGAAUCUCAAGACGAAAACGAAAACGAAGACCAAGACGAAGACCAAGAUGAACGCGACCUCGACCACGCCCAUCACCGGCGCCGCCUGUCCUUCGACUCCGUCGCUAGCUACGAGUUGUACACGCCCGACGAGGACCGGGCUGUUCUACGGCGCUUGGACCGCAGGCUUGUGGGGUUUAUGGCUGGGUUGUACUGUUUGAGUUUUUUGGACCGGACGAAUAUCGGCAACGCGCGCAUCGCAGGCAUGCAGGACGACUUGCGGCUCUCCGAGGGCCAGUUCGAGCGCCUGCUGUGGGCCUUCUACGCAACGUACAUCGCGUUCGAGUGGAUGACGCUGCUGUACCGCGUCAUACGGCCGCAUGUCUACAUCGCGAUAUGCAUCUUCUCGUGGGGCACCAUCGCGUGUCUGCAGUCCGUCGCGCCCUCGUUCAGCGCGCUGGUGCUGCUGCGCGCGCUGCUCGGCAUCGCAGAGGCCGCGUUCGGCCCCGGCGUGCCGUUCUAUCUGUCCUUCUUCUUCCGCCGGCGCGAACUCGCGUUCCGCACCGGGCUGUUCAUCUCCGCCAGUCCGCUGUCGUCGGCGUUCGCGGGCGCGCUGGCCUGGCUCAUCACCAAGCUGGCCGCCAGCACCCCGUUUAGCCCGUGGCGGCUGCUGUUCCUGCUCGAGGGGUUCCCCAGCAUGCUGGUCGCCGUGUGGGCGUGGAACUUCGUCCCCGACGGGCCCGGGUCGGUGCGCUGGCUGACGCCGCGGCAGCGCAAAGUCGCCGUGCUGCGGCUGCGGCAGGAGAAGGAGGCCGACGACGCAGACGAGCUGUAUCCAACGCAGAACCGCGGCGUCAACCUGCGAGAAAUCCUCCACACCCUCAAGGACCCCAAAUCCUACCUCACCGCCUUCAUGCUGUUCGGCGCCAACGUCGCCUUCGGCAGCAUCCCCGUCUUCCUGCCCACCCUCGUGCGGGACAUGGGCUUCAGCGCCCUCACCGCGCAAGCCCUCACCGCGCCCCCCUACCUCGUCGCCUUCGUCGCCGUGCUCGCCACAGCACACUACUCAGACCGCCUACAGUCCCGCUCUGUGUUCAUCAUCCUGCACGCCCUGCUCGCCAGCGGCGCAUACACGCUCCUCGCGCUCCUGGGCUACUACGAGUCCCCCCGCAGCACGCUGCGCUACUUCGCACUCUACCCCGCCAUCACCGGCUUCUUCAGCUGCGUCACCGUGAUCAUCACCUGGACACUGAAUAACCAGGGGUCCGACAGCGGGAAAGGCGCGGGCAUGGCGCUGCUUAAUGUCGUCGGCCAGUGCGGGCCGCUGGUCGGCGCGAGCGUGUUUCCGAGCACAGACGGGCCGUGGUAUGUCCGUGGUAUGGCGGUUUGUGCGGGAGCCAUGGGGCUCGUGGGGUUGUUGGCGGGGGUGCUGAGGUGCGUGUUGGUGAGGGAGAAUCAGAGGGCGAGAAGGGGGGAGGGGGGGGAGGGGGGGGUAUGCUGGGGUUGCGGGUGA